CUUUUACUAUAAAUUUAAGUAAUGAAAAUAUCUUAAGAAAUAAUUGGUUCUGGAUUAACAUGUGAGGUUAGAAAGGUGAUGAUUAAUGAGAAAGAAUAUGCUAUUAAAUUAUUCAAAGAUAAUUGUUCUACAGAAUGUAUAAAAAAAGAAAUAAAUAUACUCUCUCAAAUUUAACAUUAAAAUGUUGUGCAUUUGAUAGAUGGAAACCCAGAGAAAAGAUUCAUAAUAACAGAGCUUUUAGAGAAGAAGGAUCUUUUUGAUGUUUUGGCAAAAGGAUAGAAACCUUUUUCAAUAGCUUCUAUUAAAUACAUUAUUUUAUAAUUAACAGCGGCAAUUCAAUAUAUACAUAAAUUGGGUUUUGUGCAUAGAGAUAUGAAAUUGGAGAAUAUUUUAAUGGAUAAGUCAUUAAACAUAAAGAUUUGUGAUUUUGGAUUCUCUGAACCAAUAAAAGGAGGUUUUGCAACAAGAUCAAUGGGAACUUUAGGAUAUUUAGCACCUGAAUUAUAAAGUUAAGGUCUAAUAAAUACAGAAGCAUUACCUAUAGCAGAAGUGUUUUCAUUAGGAGUAUGUUUAUUUUUAUUGGCUUUUGCUCAUCCUCCAUUUAGAUAAAGUACUAAAGCAUGUGCAUAUUGGAGAUUCAUUUCUACUAAAUAAUGGGGUAGAUAUUGGUAAGCUGUUGAUAAAUAAAACAAAUAUGACGAUGAAUUUCGUUCACUUAUUUAAGGAAUGUUAGAGCCAGAUCCUUUAAAAAGAAUGACAAUUGAAUAAGUUUUAGAUCACAAAUUCUUAAUUGGAGGAAAUAAAGAAACCUUCUAAUUAGAAGUAUGGGAACGAAUAAAAAUAGAAUGAGUAAAUUUUGGAUGGUUAAAAAAGAAACGUGCAUUGUUAUACU